CAUCCUCCAAACGUCAUGGUCACGCAAAAGAUUGCUUGUUACUUUAAUCGCUGUCGGCGGCCAAACCCAUCUGUGCCUGCCAAUUUGAAGCUUCUCAGCAUGCUGCUGAUAGUGCUGCUUGUUCUCGGCGCGGCCAGCGGCCAACGAAACAGGGACGAAGCCAGCCGGCCAAACCAGAACUGCGAUUGCAUGGACUACUGGAAAUGCGUUAUGGGAGGAGGGGAGCCGUACAGCUACUGCGGCUUAGCGGACUCGAGUGUGUGCUGUUUCUUUACGCCAGACUCGAAGCCGCUCACCAGCUUUUUUGCGACUCCUAGUUCUACGGCGGCCAAGAGUUCGCCGUCAAACUGCGGCCACCGAGGCGCCGACACAGCGGCAAUUGGACAGGCCAGACAGGGCGAGUGGCCGUGGCACGUAGCCGUACUUGAAAAGCCGGAUGAUCUGUAUGUUUGCGGUGGAUCCCUUUUAGAUGAGAGUUGGGUGUUGACAGCGGCCCACUGUGUCGAUGACUACGUGGGCGGCUCAGGCGAGAGCAAGCUGAAAGUGCGUCUUGGGGAGUUUGAUGUGGCCAGUGUGAAGGAGACGCUGCCGCAUCAGGAGCGCGACGUGGCCUCCGUGGUGCUGCACCCUGGCUUUGACAAUCGCUCGCUGGCACACGACAUUGCGCUGAUUAGACUCACCGCACCGGCUCAACACAGACCUAAUGUGGACAUUGUGUGUCUUCCCAGAAGGGACCAGGACAACUCGGCCGGCUUCCGAAGAUGCGUCAUCACUGGAUGGGGAAGAAGAAAUGAAGCUGCUGAGCAUUCAUCUCAAUUGAAGGAGGUGCAAGUGCCUCUAUGGGAGCACACACAGUGUGAAAGAGCUCUUAAGGAUAAGUUCGGGCCGUCAUAUGCCCUGCCAGACACAGCCAUCUGCGCGGGCGCAGAAGGACAAGAUGCUUGUGAUGGUGAUGGCGGAGGACCAUUGGUGUGUGAGGAUGCAGGACAGUGGUACCAAGUUGGUGUAAUAAGCUUUGGAAUUGGAUGCGGCCGAAAAAACACACCUGGCGUCUACACCAGGGUUUCCAGAUACGAACGAUGGAUCAUGGACACUAUUUUGGAGCAUAAAUCAGAUCUGGUCAAGCGACUGCUAUUUGAGAAGUGAAACAAAAAGGGCCAUCUGAUUUAUUUUUACCUAUAUAAAUUAAUUUUACCAAUACUCUUGUAUGACUGUGAACCGAAGCAAGAAAGAUCCAGUUUGAGUGAAUCUAUAGAACUACGGUUAUUAAUUUAAUUUAAUUAUAUUUAAUUGUGGUACAAAUGCAUGCAUGAUUUCACGCCCUAAGUCUGUUUCUGCAUGAUACGCACGUCAAUAUAAUAUGUACACUUGCCAUUCAAAACGCGAUGCUGUGGAAUUUAUUCAAAAACAGGAAAAAUGCAUUAAUUGAAUUUUUAUGCAGAAAUUUUAUUCUAUUUUGAUAUCAUUGAAUUGAUUAUCCUAUGCUAGAACAUGUGAAAGCAAUAAACUUGUGAUGAAAUUAUCUU